GACCGCCAGUUGCUUAAAAAUGAAACACACACACACGAGUUAAACGGUUUCAGUUUAAACGAAGCUACUAAAGUGAACGGACUUAAUGCUCGCAUAAUGUGUUUGCUAAGGAUUUUACCAUUCAUUUUGCCGUUAGGAUUUUACACCAGCGCAGAGGCGUGUCGGGACAACGCUGCCGGAUUAUGGAUAGCGGGCGGCUCAUUCAGCUGCCGGAAUCUGCUACAGGCCGGCGACUCUUGGGGAAUCUACCGGACCCGCCACUCUCUCUGUGCCGGCCAGAUGAACAAAAGACGCUGCUGCGAGUCGUGCAGAAUUGUGAACAGCGAGAAUCCUACUUCCGCUCCGCCGGUGACGUCAUCAACCACGCGGACGUCACGGGUAACAGUGAAGCCAGCAACUCCGGCGCCGCUCCAAGACACAUGUACCAGCGAUUGUGUAUACUUGGGAGACGGUAGCCUGCCCGGAAGUCAGUGUGCAUGGUUACUAGACGCCCGCCAGUUGAAACGGGAACAAGCCAGCUACACGUGCAACCAGAACUUCGCGCCCGGAUGUAAACUCACGUGCAGUCGAGUACUCGCUGGUGACUUUCCGUCCACACCAGCUCCAACUACUUCUACAGAGUCUUGUGUGGAUGUUCCCGUGGGUGGGGUGGGGAUCGGGGAGCUGGCCCAAGACUGUCACCGUCUCACUGACCCCGCCGACUUCCUGGGUAUCUUCCGGGAGCGCGUCCGCCAUUGCAGCGACCCCGAAACAAGCCGGAAGUGCUGCGCCUCUUGCAGUCGCGUAUUUAGCGGAGAGACAUUCCCGACGGCCCCGACAAGAUCGUCGGUGGCAACAGACGCUCCCGGGACUCCUCCGACCAGACCGCCUCUUAAAGAUACAUGCACGUACGGCUGUGUAUGGGCGGGUUCCGGCACUCUGGCCGGGGGAUGCGAGAUUCUCCUGGACCGUAAACAGAUGACCCAGAAAAUAGCGGCAUACUAUUGUACCAAUGGCUUUGCACAAGGGUGUAAAUACACGUGCUCUCUUGUCAGAAACGCUGGCGAGAACACCGCAGUUCCGACGACCAUACCGCCGACGACGGCAGACCCAUGCGUGGACGUACACGUCUGGAUAGGUGACGGUUCCCGGGACUGCAAGUACCUGACCGCCUUCUACCCCGAGGACCGGAUAUACGGCAUAUACAGUAACAGGAAGGAGUUAUGUAAGAGCCGCAACACUCGCUGCUGUCAGUCGUGCCGCCGUGUCAACAGUGGAGAGGUUUUCCCUGACCCGCCUACCACCACAACGCGCGUUACCGUGUCAACCCAACCGAGGACCACCGCUGCCCCACCCCAGCUGAAAGACACAUGCACGAGCGAGUGUGUAAGCGGAGCAGACGGUACAAUCCCGGGCAGCACGUGCGCGUCCCUGCUCACCAUGGCGCAAGGGGCGGAGUUUUGUUCUCAGGGCUUCGCACGCGGAUGUCAACUCACCUGCAAUAGGCUUCUCACGAACUCCGGGGCGCCGUCUCCCACACAGCCUGAGACUACAUCUAUGGCAGUAUGCGUGGACAGCUACGUUCGGCGCGGUAAGACGGUGUACAUUUGCGAGGAACUCAUGCGGAACACCUCGGAUAUCUACUCGGACCGCGCGCGCAUCUGUUCCGACCUAAACUCCUCCCCUUGCUGCCACACUUGCUCGCGCAUACGAAAUAAAUUGACGUACAAAUUAAACAACGAAAACGAGGUUAUCAAGUCGGGCUUAAAUCAGGAACCGAAAGCGGAACCUCUCACAACCGGAAAUACUUCACCGGAACCGGAAACAACCACCAAAAAUCUCGUGAAACUGCAGCCGUGGGUCAUCAUCAACCGGGGAUUCCAGAAUCUCGUGAAAAAAGAAGAACAAAGACGCAAACAGAUGGAAAACAUGUUUAAUAUGCUAAAAUCCAUCUGGUCAAGCCUAAAUCUUUCAGGAAUCAAAACACCAUGAUUUCGUU